UGCGGUACGAAGAGGGGCACACAAUUACAACACUCCUCCAAGCGAACAAAUCCCGGCCACACGGACGCUAUACGGUACGAGAAAUGUCCGCUGCAGCACGUGUAGCAGCGCCGGCGACACUGGACAGGUGUCGUGCCAAGGACAUGUCCCGCGGCGCUCUGGUCGGUGCCGUGUUGGGAGACUGUAUAGGCGGCGAGUUUGAAGGUGCUGUGGAUGUGCCUUUGGAUCGAGUUCUGCUGCAUCUCAGUGCGUUGGAGGAUGAAACGCGGGGCGAUGGUAUACUUCAAUACAGUGAUGACACUGCCAUGAUGCGAUGUGUUGCUGAUUCACUCCUAACCAGGACAGAGUUUGAUGAACAAGACAUGGCUCGAAGAUUCGCAAAGGAGUAUAACCGUGCCCCAGGGCGAGGUUAUGGGUGGGGCGUCAUACAGGUACUGCGGAAGCUUGCAUCGCCACAUCUGAAGGAUGUUUUUCAGCCGGCAAGGUCUCAGUUUGGUGGCCGCGGUUCUUUCGGGAACGGGGGCGCAAUGAGAGCUGCACCAUUCGCUCUGGCCUUUGAAAGUCCCGCUGAUGUGCGCAGGUACUCACGGCUUGGCGCAAUGUUAACACACUCAUGCUCUUUGGGCUACAACGGGGCAGUGUUGCAGGCCCUUGCUGUCCAUCUGUCUCUACAGGGGGCCUUGGCUCUGCCACGGGAUUUCAUUAUCAGACUGAUCUUAAAAAUGGAAGAGGUGGAAAAAGAUGAAACAGCCCAGCUUGAUGCUAAAGCACUCAAUUUAUCAGAGUUCCCGUAUUGCACAUGUUUGCACAGAGUGAAAGAACUAAUGGAGAGAAACACUGUGAGCAUUGAGGAGGUCAUAUCUGAACUGGGGAAUGGCAUUGCUGCCUUACAGUCUGUGCCCACUGCAAUCUUCUGUGUUCUGCAUUGUUUGAAUCCCCGGGAUGGGCUGCCGGAAUGAUUUGGAGGACUGGAGAGGACAAUAGCCUACAGCCUGGCUCUGGGUAGUGACACAGACACCAUCGCUUGCAUGGCAGGGGCAAUUGCCGGGGCACAUUAUGGCAUCGAGCCCAUUCCUCAGAGCUGGCAGAAGAGCUGUGAAGGGGUGGAGGAGGCUGAUGUGUUAGCAAGGCGUUUGUACGAUCUGUACUGCUUUGCACAGUUUGACGAGAACAGGGGGACAACAAGCUGCAAGAACAAUCAACCACACACACACACCCAACGAUCAGCACACUACAAAAACGGACUAAGCCACUAUAAGGCUAUAUACAACAUGCAGUCACACAUACAGUAUGUGAAAAUGUAUUUGGCACAUAGUGCCAUAUGCACUUCAUUUCAUACCUGAACCUAAGUUUAUAAAAUUGUGAAUGAUCCUCUUGUGCAAAAAUAUUUACAAUAAAAAGAACAAAAUGCUACCACGCUCACUGUUAAAUAGACUUGUGUUUGACUCAUUCUUUCACGCUUGGUUAUCAAAAACUGUUUUAUUAAGUAUUUCAUAGGGACCAUAUCUCUUAAAGAUAAAGUCCUUAAAUAUUAUUGAUGUUUUGGAUUUGA